AUGGAUUCUAGUGGUGCAUCACAGAUUAUAUCAGCACUGGAAGUAAUUUAUUCGCCGAAAUCAAGUAAUGGAGAACGUUAUAAAAGUCAAGAAUUCCUAGAUAAUUUGAAAUUACAGGAUGAAUCCCCCUAUUGGGGAUACGAAAUUGCCCUAAACAAUCUAAAUAAUUAUAUUGUCAAGCAUUUUGGUCUCGGUUUGUUGUCAAAUGCAUUGAAAUUGAAAUGGAAUGACUACGAUUUCGAAAAAAGAGUUGCCCUGAGGAAAUGGAUCAUGGAAUUGAAUUAUAGAGUUCAAGAUCAAGAUCCAAGGUACAUUAUGGAAAAAUUGGCCUUUCUUUGGGUGGAAGUCGCCAAGAGAUCAUGGGGUGAAGCCUUGAAGGGGAACGACCCUUCUGAACAAUUAUUGUUGGAAUCAUGGGUCGAUAUGGAUGCUAAUUUGAAUGAACUUUGGAAUAUUAGUAAAGCUUCAAGAGAAUUGACCCUAAUCAUCUUUCGAAUCCUAUUCGAAGAUGUCUUUCUACUAGACGAUAUGAUCGUAUUGAAAAGGAUGACUAUCAUUCAACCGCUUUGUGUCAUGUUAGUUUGUCCAUUCGAUAUAUUCGCAUCAAAAUAUAAAUUUACGGAAAAAUGGACCCUUUUCAAAGCAAAUCAAGAUGGUUGGUUCUCAUUAUGGAUUUCAGAGUUGAAUAGUGCAUUAAGUGAAAAAAAUUCUGAAUAUAUAGUCAGAUUGCUGGAAACUCUGAAAACAUGCUUAAAUUGGCCACUGAGUGAUGUUAUCAUCAAUAGUGACAUUAUCUUGACUCUAUUGCAAUGUUGCCUAAGUAAUAUUCCAAUGGCUCAGUCUAUGGCAUUAGAUUCUAUCCAUAUCAUUUUAACUCGUCCGUAUAGUAAUGAGGAUCAUUAUCAAAUUAUAAUUAAUAAAGUAUUCGGUAAUAUGGAUAGUCUUGCUAAAGUUUACGAUGACUUACAAUUUAAUCCGAGAGAUGGUGUAGAUGAUUUCAAAUACCCUGUGGUGAAAAAAUUUGUUGAUAUGAUAAGUUGUCUUUACGUUUGUAUCUUCAAAGUUGAUAAUGACAAUCAUGAAGUAGAAAAAUAUUUAAAACUUGUCUUAAAGGCAACAUUUAAUCCAAGUUUGAUUGUAAGUGGAUUAACCUUAGAUUUAUGGUGUGCCUGUCUCAGAAAUGAUGAAUUUUUACCACUGUUACAUGAUUUCAUAAUACCGGAAUUGUUACAAUUUUCUGCUGAUACUUUACUUUAUUAUGAAGAGAUUCCGGAUCAUAUAUCAAAGACUUUUGCUGAUAUUGAUUUCCAAUCAAAAUCUGAAUUUCAAUCAUUUUGUUCAAGUUAUAGAAAAAAGAUUAGAGAUAUUAUUAGAUUGAUUUCAUGUGUAAAACUGGAAUAUACUUACGAUUGGUUAAACUCAAGAUUGAAUAACUAUUUCAGUUCUUCAUACGGGCAACAGGUUUUAAACUCAACCUUCUUGAAUGUCAAAUCUGAACCUUACUUAAGUGCUUUAUCUCAAUUUAUGAUCAUUGAAUGUUUUAUUAAUGGUUGUAUACGAUGGAAAAUUUGGUAUACUGGUCCCGAUGAUUAUCAGGAUAAAUUAGAUGACAUUUUAAAAAAAUUAGAAAUCCUUUCAAAUCAACUAAUAGCAUUAAACAUCAAAGAUCCUCUAUUGUUAAAGAAAGAAAUUCAAAACUUUGCUUUAUUCUUAACCAUGUUAAAGGAUAAUGUAUUAUUCACUCUUCUGGAAAGGAUCAUAACUACAGCAACAAUGGACUAUCCAACUGUUGAUUUAGAAGAACGUUCAGACCAAUCAGAAGCUGUGAGGGAAUUGAGGUAUGCAUGCGGUAUAGAAUUGAAUAGAAUGGCAUUAUUAAUGCCUGAAUCAUUGAAGGCAAUUUAUCCAGAUCUUGAGAGUGUAGUCGCAAGAAUAAUGCCAAAUUUAUCGUAUCAUGAAAAGAUAUCAUUUAAAUCAUUUUUAUUAACAAUUGUUUUGAAAUCCACUUUAGAGGGAAAAGAAGAAAAAUUUGCAGAGAUUGUCGAUCCAGAGUUAAUUGCAUGGUCCGAUAAAACUACGGUUGUUGGUUUAUCGGAUUUGCCCUGGUUUAUGGAAAGAGUUGGUAUAGUUCAAAUAGCAGAAUAUUUCCAGAAAAGAGGUAUCAAUGAAAAUAGUGAUCUACUUUCUAUUCCAAUUGAUGAUGAAGGCAAAAGAUUGAAAAAUGAUUUAACCAAGCAUUGGCAAGCAUUAUUUCCUGUACGUGCAACCAGAAUGUUCGUUCAUUAUUCAAUGCAAAGUGUGAAGACUGAUGAAGAGCUAAAAAUGUUACAAGAUAUGUGGCGUCCUAGAAUUGUACCCAUCCUACCAUACAUUUUAAGAUUACUUUAUCAAUUGCAAUCAUAUCCAGAUCCGGAUAAUUGGAAAGAAUUACCUUCAGUAGUUCAAUCUUUUGUUAAAUACUCUACGGUUGAAAGAUUUUGGGAAGCUGGUGCUUCCAAUAAAUCCAAGGAUGAAUUUAUUGAUGAACAUAUGAAAGCUAUGCAAACUCCAAGAGAUUUUGCAGAUUCAGUGGGGCACAUUAUUAGAUAUACUAGGGAAUAUACUCUAUUGGUCCUAAACGCUAUUUCCUCCCUAGGAAGUGUUUUUUUUGAAAUUGAUGAACUUCCAAACUUAUUAAUUGAUUCAAUUGCCUUACGUAAGCCAGACAGCAAUAUUAUAAGUCCCGGUGUCUCUACACACGGUUGGAAGCAUAUACUAAAUGUUGCCAUUCGUCCAAUAUUGAAAAACUGUCCAGAAGAAUGUGCAGCUAAAUUUAUGUCAAAUUUCCUGCCGAAACUUUUUGAAAUUUUAGAUACAAUAUUGUGUGAUAAAUGGUCAAGAAUUAUGUUAGAGCAUGAUGUAAAUCCUAUUUCGAUUGACAAUGAGGAAAUAACAGAAGAAAUAUUGGAAGAGAAUCUACUGAGACAGUUGACCACCGUCGUAGUAUUGAUUCUUAUUGAUUGUGUUGGACAAGGUGGUAGCACGAAAUCAAAAUUUAAUUCACAUCAAAUUAUGAUGAGAAAGAUAAUAUUCGAUGAUGUGAACGUUUUAGCCCCAUUUUUAAAAUUGCUAACUCACAUUAUAUCAUUUAAAGAUAGCAAAUGUUCAUUCAAUGCUAUCUUAAUAAUGAAAUCAUCAUUGAGUGAUGUUGUAAAUAAAAAUGAUGAUGUUGAUGAGUUUUUCACUAAAGAAGUAAUGAAAACUUUAUUGCACGUACUUUCGAGUCAAAAUUCAAACAAAGAUUCCUUUUAUGAAGGUAUGUACGUGUUCACAGUAUUAUUUUUGACUCUUUACAGACAGUACAAAUCAGCAAGAGAAUACUUCUAUGAAUUAUCACAUGGAUAUAAUAUAGAGCAACUAUAUGAAAGUUUGAGAGCUGUUGAUAAUUAUAAAACUCAAAAGACCUUAAUGCUUGAAUUUUUUGAUUGGAUGAAACAGGUCGAUGGCCAUGUAACUGAUAAUGAUGACAGUCAUGCAGCACAAGAAAGGAAGAGGCAAGAAAAGAGAGAGGCAAAUUUGAGGAAAGCAAAUGAAAAAUUGGUACAAAAAAAUAAAGAAGCAGGCGAUUUAUUAGAUGAUCCUAGUACUGAAAAUGCUGCAUUUGGUAAUCUCUUUGGAUCGACUGUUGAAUGA